AUGACGGUGGCCCGGGGGAACCCUGCCUCCUACGAGGUGCUGGUGGACAGCUGGCCCCAUUUCGGCGUCGUCCUGACCCGCCUGCGCCCAGAGGACAACAAGGACCCCAGGGACUUCUAUGCCAACCAGCUGACCGUGUUCUACCAGGAUGAGGGAGCCUGGCGGGCACUGCUGGGGGGCACCGAGGUGGUGGACUGGACACGGGCAUUCCAGAUACAUGGGAUGCAGGACGGGGUGUAUGAGGCUGUGAGGGAGGUGACUGAUGCCAAGGGGCUGCAACUGGAGACUCACAAGUACCAGGCACUGCUGAGCCCCCAGCCCCCCCAGCCCAGAGUACAGAUGCCAGCAGGGCUUCACCUGGCCCCCGUGUCCCCGUCCCACGUCCCACUGCUCAACGCCACUUGGAGUACUGGCGGCAAUGCCCGCAGCCAGCAGUACCUCCUGGGACUGGUGAGGGCACUGCCCAGUGCCUGCCUGCUGGGGCCUCGUGGGCGCCCAGUCUCCUGGAGCAUCCUGGAUCCCCUGGGCUGCCUGACCCAUGGCUACACGGUGCCAGCUUGGCGUGGGCAUGGUCUUUGCGGCUUGACGCUGGGCGCACUGGGCAAGGAGCUGCAUGCCCGUGGCUUUCCCAUCUAUGCCGGGGUGCUGCCCAGCAACAUCCCCUCACAACGGGCACUCCGUGGCCUGGGCUUCUUGCCUCAGCCUGGCACCUACUACACCCUGGUUGUCACCCCCCCUGUAGUGCCCAGGAAUGGGGAUAGCAGUGGAGUGCCCACGGUUGUGGCUGCCAGGGCUGGGUGA